CAUUAAAACACAAUCAAUCAAUACGCUAGCUAGAAAACACCAUAUCCAUAUAAUCAAAAUCAUAACACCUUCCUUUUAAAAACAACGUCCACAAUUUUGGAAUCAGCGGCAUGCGGACACAAUUGGUUCAGUCGCACACAUGGGUCAUUAAAGCUGUGAGUCAGCAGAGAACCAGUCCGUCUCCGACUAGGAACGAAUGUGAUCCUGAUCCGUCAUUUGCUUGUCUCUGCUUCACAAUGAGGGGGUCUCAUUUCUUCCUGUGGCUCGAUCUGAGGGGAACACUGCUGGUCAUUUUCACCGUUCUCCUGGUCGUGUAUUUUCUGAACAAAAAGGACCCACCGAACUUCCCCCCGGGACCCCCAGCCCUCCCUCUUCUGGGAAACGUCUUCAGCAUUGAACCAAAACAUCCUCACAUCUACCUAACCAAGCUUGCUGAUGUGUAUGGGAAUGUGUUCUGCAUACGUCUGGGCAGACACAAAACAGUGUUUGUGUCUGGGUGGAAGAUGGUGAAGGAAGCUAUAGUGACACAAGCUGACAACUUUGCGGAUCGGCCUUACAGCCCGAUGGUGAACAGAAUUUAUUCAGGGAACUCAGCGGGUCUUUUCUUCAGUAAUGGGAAGGUGUGGAGGAGACAGCGGCGUUUCGCCAUGGCCGCGUUGCGUGCCUUCGGUCGGGCCAAGAGGUCGACAGAGCAGAGCAUCUGUGAAGAGAGUCGCCAUCUGCAGGAGGCGAUGGAGAAGGAGAAAGGUGAGCCGUUUGACCCUGUGCCCUCCUUAAACAACGCCGUGGCCAACAUCAUCUGCCAGAUUGUGUUCGGGAGACGGUUUGACUACAGCGACAACAACUUCCAGAGCAUGCUGAAGAAUCUGACUGAGAUGGCCUAUUUGGAGGGCUCCAUAUGGGCUCUUCUAUAUGACGCGUUCCCAGCACUGAUGAAACACCUGCCAGGGCCUCACAACGACAUCUUCAGCAGCUCCAAAUCUUUGGAGGCAUCGAUCAGGAGGGAGAUCGAGGGACACAAGUUGGAUCUGAACCCCAGCAACCCACGAGAUUACAUCGACACCUUCCUGAUUGAAGAGAAACACAACAGACACGGUGAACAGGGCUUUGAGGAAGGAAACCUGGUUCUGUGCUGUCUGGAUCUGUUCCUGGCCGGGAGUGAAACCACUUCAAAGACCCUGCAGUGGGGCCUGAUCUACCUCAUCAAGAACCCCCAUAUCCAAGACAAAGUCCAGGCAGAGAUAGACCGAGAGAUCGGACAGACCCGUCAGCCCACCAUGGCCGACAGACCCAACCUGCCCUACACUGACGCCGUCAUCCAUGAGGUCCAGAGGAUGGGGAACAUCGUUCCUCUGAAUGGACUCAGAAUGGCUGCCAAAGACAUGACGCUGGGCGGUUACUUCAUACCAAAGGGAACCCCUGUGAUGCCCAACCUCACGUCUGUGCUCUUUGACAAGACUGAGUGGGAAACUCCAGACACCUUCAACCCAGGACACUUCCUGGAUGCCGAGGGGAAGUUUGCGAGGAGGGAGGCGUUUUUACCUUUCUCUGCAGGAAAGCGUGCGUGUCUGGGAGAAGGCCUGGCGAGGAUGGAGCUGUUCUUGUUCUUCGUCAGUUUGUUGCAGAAGUUUUGUUUUUCCACUCUGGAUGGCGUUGAGCUGAGCACAGAGGGAAUCACUGGAGCCACGCGCACACCGUACCCCUUCAAGAUCUACGCCACAGCUCGCUGACUCCUGUACCUGCUCCCCUUCACUGCAGACUAAACCAAAAAAUAUUACACAGUUUUACACAUACAACUUUAGCCUGCUCGACACAUAAUCACAUAAUGAGAGACUGUGUGAUGAAUAAUCAUCAUUAUGUAACCAGCGAGCAGGAGCAAAACUCUCCCUCUUUUGAUAUCAAUCCAAUUAUAUUAUAUAUACUCAUUUAUUAAUAAUUUCCACUUAAAUGAAUGUUUUCGGUUGAAUUGCUGCUCACAUAAAAAGUGAACGUCAUUAAAAAAAGGACAGAUUUCGCUCUUCUUUUUGUGUGGUAGCUGGUCGGAUCUGUCCUAAUGGGGUCCAUGUGUAAAUUAAGUCUCCACUGUCACACGUGAAGCUGCCGAUGACACCACAUCCCCUGAGCUAUAAACAACCACGUGUCAAAUUACUUAUUAUUAAAGGUGUUUGAAGUGAAA